AUGUUGCGUGUUUGGACACCAGCAGGUGACGAGAUUGUCACCAUGCCCGUGGGGGAGGGGAUCGACGUGAGCUCAUUGAAGAAGCAGCUCCAGAAGUUUUGUGGUGUUCCUCGGUUUAGACAGAGGCUUCUGCGGGAAUCUGCGGUGCUGGAGGAUGAUACAAAGUUGUCGUCUCCAGCAGACUUACAGCUAGUAUUGCUCCCCUUUGCAGAUGUUGACAUUUCGCAAGUCACGAGCAUCGUCAGCGCCGCGCAGAGCGGACGCGCCUCCGCAGUUGAAGAGAUGUUGAAUCUUCCACUGAACCCUAGCCUCGGGGAUCAUCAGUCAAGAACAGCUCUUCACGGAGCAUGUGAGCAUGGCCACAUGGAUGUGGUGCAACUGUUGCUGGAGUCUGGUUGUGACACGAAUGCCACUGACAACAGGGGCAGGACAGCUCUACACCUGGCAUCUGGAAACGGCUAUGUGAAGAUCUUGCGCUUGCUGGUGCAGUCAGAGGCAGACAUGAACUUAGGAGAUUGCCAUGGCAACACAGCUCUGCAUGUGGCAUCUUGUGAAGGUCAGCUGAGCUCCGUUCGAGCCCUGCUUCAGUCAGGCAUACACAAGGACUCGGUCGACAGCUCCGGCCGUACUGCGCUGCAUGAUGCAUCUCAGAACGGCCACAUUGCCACUGUCCGUCUCCUCCUGGAUGCUGGCGCUUCCCGGGAUGUGGAAGACGAAGACGGAGACAUCGCUCAAAGACUGCACCGUGCACAUUUCCGGAAGCGUGAGGCCGAAACUGAUUUCAUAAACAGGCAUCAGCUUGGAUCCCUGCGCUUCAUCCCCUUGAUCAUCGGUAGCAACUCCACCUUCUACUUGGAGGCCUUUAUCUUCGGAGCAGGAAAGGCGCCCGAUUCGGCCUUCACGGAGGUUCCUGACCCAGAGGAGCUGGCUUCCUACAAUUUGCAUUUGUUUGGUGUCAUGUUUUCGGCUUUGCAAGGGAUCGCCAUGGCUUCCGCCAGCAUCGAGGAUGUCGCGCGAGAUAAGAUGAGCUUCGAGAACUUCUGUAAUCUCUUGCGAUCGAACCGCGUGGACCUUUCCCGAUUCGGUCGCGGCACGGCUCACACGCUGCGGCAAUUCUACGACUCCGCCGUCAUCGAGGAGAAGUGCUUCCUCAAAGUCGAAGACAACAGGCUGCAGCGUAUGGUUGAGCUGGUGCGCAUCAACCUCUACUUUCGGGGCGACGAUGGGCAUCAGCGCGAGUUGCGGAUCCAGUCGGAGGUCAUGGCGGGCGGCGGAAUCCGAACGCGGAACCAGCCGCUGGCGGUGACGCUUCGCAACGUGGAGAACGGCGAUUGGCAGCGGGCUGUCGAGAGAUGCUUCGCCACAAAGUUUGGCCUAAGCCCGACAGUUCAAAAGAGCUGCUUUAACAUGGCGAAGGACGCCUACAGCUACCAGGAGAACAGCGCGAACUCAGAGUCAACCCCGGGUAUCCUCACGAAGUACAAGACGCAUAGCAUCAAGAUGACUGUGAAGGACCGUACCAGACAUGAGCUCAACCAGAUCGGGCUUCCAGAUGGCACGCCCUUCAUGACGGACGCUGAAGGCGUGCAACACUGGACGUGGGCGCGCGUCACCAACAACAAAGAAGAGGAGCUGAUCAACAAGCUCCAGAAGUACGGCGUGUGCCUGGACGAGUUCACCUGGCAAAGCUUCGUGGAGCUCUAUGACGAAGUCUACGAGAAGCAUCAGUCGCAGCUGGAGCCCGUAGGGGGCGAACUGGUGAGGUAUGUCCGCAUCGUGAAGAUUUGGCUGUGGGCCAACGUCCUGAACUGCCGGCAUACGCUGGUGCUGAGGACCAAGCAGCAGCAUUCUCGGACCCAUGUGAUGAAUUCACCCCGAGUGCUGUCCAUGCGGAUGUCCGAGGAGCAGGGUUGGCAAGAGGCCGUGGUGGAAGCUCUAACUGGACGCCUGGGUAUCAGUGAGGCUUUGCAGCGCGAGGGCUUGCACGUCAGCGAGGCAGCAUUCCGACAAGAAGUUGAGUUCUCUCCAAGUUUUCCUGGCUUGAAAACGCACUACGGGAUCAGCGAGGUGCAUGUCGAGGUGCUGAACCCGCAUGAUCAGCGGUGGACGAGCAUUGGACUUCCUGCUGGAGUAGAGUUCACGUUCGUCCGCACACAGGAAAGUGCCGGAGGCGAGACGGACACAGUAGUGACGAGGUGGGGAUGGACAAAUUCCCACGAGCUGGAUGCGGAGACCGCUUUCGUUAAGCGCAAGUCGGUCUUCCCUUCCUGGAAAGACGGGAGCUUAAGGCGACGGAAGCAAAAAAGCGUCCACGAGCAGGACAGACAGGUAGAAAUCCCGGAGCCUCUGGAGAUCCGCGGCACUCAUGAGUUGGUCAUCGGGCGCAUCAUGGAGGGCAAGACCACCGACUGGGCACGCGCACGAAGAGCCGCCGAGCAGAUCAGGAGCCCCAAGUACACCACGAAGGAGUUCCACGAUGACAUCACAACUGCUUUUCCAGAGCUUCGGCUGUAUUGCCUGGUUCAGCAAGAAGAGGACGACAUCACUAAGAGCCAGAGCCAGACCUCAUCAGCCAGCAUCACAGCCUCCGGCCGUUCGGCCUUCGACGAGUAUCAGCGCACGAUUGGUGCACUGUUCUGCGUUUUCUGGCUGAUGCGGCAACACUUGGACGGCCGUGAGUGCUUCGCCUACGGCUUGAACCAAGAUUGGCUGCCGCGCUCGCAGAAGGACUUUACAGAUGAGAACGACAGCGGCCACAAUGAUGAACUUCAGUUGGAGUGGCAGAAGCGCCAAGACUUCUAUGAACACACAGAUUGGGCCGCUUUUGAGAACCUCCUGAUCGUUGCAGGGCUAAUGAAGAAGGGAGGCCCGCAUGAUGCGGAAAGGACGUUGACACUGCUCGUCUUGAUGGUCAUCCAUGACCUGAUGAAGCUGGAUCGAUUGCGGCCAAUCUGUUCUGCGAAGACCUUCAUGGGCUACAAGAAGGGCGAGCCGAUUGGCGACCACGAUAUUGCGCUGAGCUCCCCGGACUUGAUCCACGGUUUGAGAUUCUACGGAGCUGCAGAAAGUGGUUGUGUGGGGAAUCGUAAAGAGAAAAGAGGCUCCUCUUUUCGCAGUUGCGGGGAAAUGGCAAAGCUCGUGAACUAG